AUGAAGGGCCUAGAGGACGACGAUGAUCAGAAGGCGGCCUAUGCCACUGUAGCAGCUACUAGUAGGAAGAACAGUGGCGAUGGUUGGUCGGUGGCUAGAAGAAGGUCAGCAGUAAUCGCCGUCCCACAGCCUCCUAUAUCCUUCUACAACCCCCCACCGAGACUAGUGAGCCUCACCACAGUGGACCGGAGCAACCCUGUGGUCCGUGCUUCGGUCGAUUGUCGGCAUAUAUCUAAAAACGAUGAUGUGGUCCAACUCCAUGCCGCUGACCUCACAGACAGGAUACUACAGAGAAUGCUUACUUGGCUGGCUUGGAGGGGCAUGGACAUGUUGAGGGGUCGCAUCUAUAUGAUGGGUGACGGGGACCUGUUGGGGAACCCAGUAGCCAGCGAGAGUUUUUACAACUACUCCGGAGGACGUGGUGGCAUCGGCUUUGUGGGGUACUUCGGCUUGACCAGAGCAACGAGUGUCUUUGAUGACCCUCAAGGGCCCACCUUGAGUACCCUUCGAGAGGACCUAGAGUCUGUGAUGCUGAGUGCCCAUCUUUAUGAUAACGGCAAGAGCCCAUUGACGGGCUCCGCUGACGAGGCGCCCGAGAAUGGACUUUUAUGUAUAGAAGAUCUCAUAUCGUUGAGAAAAUUCGAGCUUAUUGACAGCUACCACUCCAUCCGCAACUUACCUUUGGAGUGGCCCCGCACUCGUUACGACCGUCCAGUAGCGUUGCCGCGUCAUCACGGUUAUCGUCCACGACGACCGGGCAUUUGGGGGUACAUAUUUGAAGCUGAGGUGACUAGCGUGAACCAAGCAGGAUUGGCAGCUUUUUUGCAUCUACUGAUCAUGACCGCUGGUUUUAAGGUCAGGCAAGCUGAGCUUGUCACUUCUGAUGGGAAAUUCGUUACUAAUCGUUAUGACCAGAUAACUGGUUACGGCUCGGUGUGGUAUGAGAACGACCCCAGGAGAGGGGCGUACACGGGCAGUCUGGUUGGGGGGAAAAGGGAGGGGUUUGGGAGGUAUUGGGUCCAAGCUGAAGGGGCCCAUGUGGGGGAGCUGAGCUCUGAGACCUUCGAGGGCGACUGGAAGAGUGAUGAGUUCACGGGGUAUGGGUUCAAGGUCACCGAAGAUGCUGUGUGGAAAGUUGGCAGAUUCGACAAGGGCCAAUUCUUGGAGGGCAUUUCGAUCUCCCCAUUCACGCAGCCUAUCAACUCUGUGUGGGUGAGAACUGAUGAUAAUGGCGUCAGGCAAAGUGAAUGUGUCUAUACGGCUCAUGUGCGACGGGCUGAGCAGUGGCGCUAUCAUAUGAUUGGGAUCAGUCCGGUCACCCCAGUGCCGCUGCAGCCGGGCCCUGAGCUUCCUGAGCUGUACGACUCAGCGAUACUACCGCUACAUUGUAUGGAUAGAUUUGAGAUAGCGGCAUGGUUAGAGUUGAUGGGGUUGACGAGGUCGUCGUUAUUGAUAUCGGCUAAGUCGUAUGAUGGUGAAGAUCUGGAGAGAAUGCUCCACGGGGGGACGGCGGCUGAGGAGUUGGACAUGACCUUGGCAGAGGUGAAUGCAGUAGAGAGGAUGCAACAGGUGCUGUUGAAGCAUAGAUCGACACAUGAGGUCGCCAGUGGCGGUGACAGACGCAUUGAGUAA